UACAAUGGAUGUCGAGAUGACAGUCCGUUUCAUGGCUUUCGAGGCCACAUACACUAGCAACGUGAUCUGCACCCCAAAUCUUUCUGUCGAAGCUGUCGCGUCGUCAUCAAGUCCUAUCUUCAAGACCCUUUCCAUAGUCUGGCGCUUCCAGUCGGCCUCGCCCCAAUCACCACGCUCGAACGAACUCACUGCUCUGUCGACCCCGUUACAAGGCGCUAGGUAUCCUGAUAGCCUUCUCGUCGAGGGAGCCGCAUCCGACUGUGGACCAACCCUGGUCACGCUGGAUCUGUCAUUCCUGUUUGCUCACGCGGCGUAUGCAGGGGCCUCGCAGAUGUUCUUCACACAGAUCUCAAAAAUUAUGGUGUCCGCUUUUGAACAACGUUGUUUAAAGCUUUAUGGUCCUGGGGACAAGUGACUGGUCCGUUACUAGGUAGAGUCAUUGGACUACAUUGUCCCCUCUAUAAUAGAACACCAAGAGGAUUGCCUCGGUA